AUGUCUUUGGGUCGGCUCCUUCGUCGUGCGUCCUCCAAAGCUUCCGACCUCCUGACACUAAACUCUGGAGGAGGAACGCAGUCGGUCCUGGAUGGGGAAAUUAUAUUCUCUAAAAAUAAUGUGUGUGUGCACCCUCCAGAACUGCUGCAGGAUGUGGGAUCCCAUCACCCAGGUAAUCUUAGAUCUCAUUAGAUAUCCAAUUUUAUAAAUGCCAAUUUGUUUUUGUCUCUACUGAAGUGGACAACCAAAGUAGUCUUUAACCUGUCUUUCCAGUGCACCCAUUUAUUUUUGAAGGGUUGGCUACGAAAUAAAAUAGAAUGUUGAGACUUGGCAUAUGAUAAAUUGAUAAUUCUCUUUUUCCUGUAGGUUACAUGUGUGUUUAUAUGGAGAAGGAUGAGUCUUUGGGUUCCACUUUGAUCCUUGCUUGGGUUCCAAACUCCCGUAUCCAACGUCAGGAUGAGGAGGCGCUGCGUUACAUCACACCGGAAAGUUCUCCUGUCCGCAAAGCACCACGCAAGAGAAAUAGACACCUGCCCGGGGCAGUCGCCUCCACACCUAAUAAACCAGCAGUUACCUCUAAAGAAGGUCCAGGGGAGAACAUAGGAACAAGGGAAGCCCACUCCUCUGCAGAGCAGAAUCCCUCCGAGUGCUCUGUGGAGGAAAUUGGGGAGCAGUUGGAGGACGAGAAGUCUUUGGACUUAUCUUCUGAUGAAGUGAGCAAGGACAGUACUUUAGACUCUGAUUCGGAUCCCUUCUCCUCCCCCUUCUGCCUAUCUCCAAUAAGUGAGGCUUUGGGCGAGAGCAGCGGGUCUGUGUUCUUGGAAAAUGAAAGCCGGUGAGUCUUUCUCUCUUUCAUAUAAACCCAAUAUAUACCUCGGCAUUGUUCAUCUUCCUAAUUUGAAUAAUCACUUGUGAAAUAAGGCAGCUAUUGGUCCGUCAGCCUGGCCGUUUCCGAUUUGCUUUUAAAUGGACUUCUGUUGAGAUGUCAAAAUAUGUCGGCAAAAGAAUUGUGAAAAAUAUAUUCUGUCGAAAUUAUGAUUUACAAAAAAAAAUCAAAGUAAAAUUACAUUGGAAAAAUGCAAGCAACUUGCUAUUAAUUAUCAUAAAGUGGGAUGUAUCAUUCGAUUCUUUAAGAAAUGGAAGUUAAAUGAGCAGAGACACGUGUGUGUAUUUUAAUUUCAUUGUGUUAAGAAAAUGGGGGUAAUAUGCUGCCUGUAUUAAUAAUUAGUACCACAGGAGGGAGCUGUUGUAUACACAAAUUCAUACCAGAACUCCAAUUGCUUUUACAAACUGGCUUGACACUGGGACUGUUCUUUUAUUAUAUUUAUUUAUUUUUAAAGCAGAUCUGUGUAAUUAUUGAAGGACCUAAAUAAAGUGCUUUUUACUGUAUUUAUCAGUGAAUGCACUGUAACAGUGGGUUGGAAGAAUACAAAUAUUGACCAUAUUCAGAACUUUUUUUUAGGCUGAUGUCAUAGAAAAACAUACAGGAGAUUGCAGAGUUUACCGUGCCAUUAGUAGAUUUGGGUUAGAAUCACCUGGAUAUUUAACAAACCUCCAAAACACCACGUGCCAUCUAUUCCAUUCCGUGAACAGAAAACAAAUGCUGUUUAAUUCAUAUCGCCUGAAUACACCGGAUUGGACGUUGCUCUUAGUCUGUGUACGCCUGCCUGCCUUUAUAUAUAAGACGUUACAGAAUUUCCAAAAAUCAGUGCACAAAUAGUGAUUGAGAAAAUGCUGAGAAUCUUUUUUAAUAAAAUAAAUCAUAGAGUGCAUAGGCUGUAAUUACAAUGUUUACAUGCCAGAACUAAGAGGGAUCUUUGUUUUGUGUCCCAUUUGGCCAGGGAUGACGCAGAUAGUCCCACGACUGGUUAUACGUCUUCUAGUCUAAAUGCCAACUCCCAAUUCAGGGAGAUGAACGGUCAAGGAAGUGCAGCAAGGUGGGAAGAGCAGCAGAAGCUUUUGGCGUUGGAACAGACGUGCGGCGUGUUCCGUGUGGAUCUGGGUCAAAUGCGUUCCCUACGCUUCUUCUUCAGGUACGGACAAACCAUAGUGUGAUGGUCAUGACAAGGCUGAAGCUCUCCAAUCAGGUCGAACAUAUUGUCUGCUACCUCAAAUAAUCUCUCGUAUAUCUUUGUGCUAACCUACUUUAAUACUUACUUUUAUUAUGCAAAAUAUCUCUCCCGACAGAUUCCAAAUAUGAUGCCUUGUUCCCUUAUUAAUGCAUAUGUUUCUUUAUUCUUAAUUUGACCAUAGACUCAUUAGACUUUCUAUAAACAUGUAGAUUUUUAAAUUUUUAUUAUUAUUUAACUAUUUUCAUUUGACUCAUUUUUUUUUAAAUGUAUUUUUCCACGCCUUUUGUAUUGCUGUUGCCUUAUCUGUAACGAUGACUGGAUAAAACAUUUUGUUUCUUUGGCAGUGACGAUGCCGGCACCAGUGGACAGUUGGUGGUAGCCAGCAGAGAGAGUCAAUAUAAAGUCUUCCAUUUCCACCAUGGUGGCUUGGGGAAGCUCUCGGAGGUGUUCCAGAAGUGGAAGUACUGCCGAGAGACACAACUCAAGGAGCAGGUGAGAGAGAUUCGACAUUUAGAGAGUGUCCUAAUGGAGUGAGUGGGCAGGGGUUUUUGGAUAAGUGAAACAAUUAAGGAUAUUUGGAAAAUUAGAGGGAGAAAGGGAUAGAGGCCGACGGGAGGAUGAGAGCAAGGAGAAGAAGUAGAUGAAGGUUGGUCAAUGAUGGCCGUGCUUGAUUCUACAUUUACUAUUUAUCAUAAAUUCCACAAUGUGUUGCCAGCUUUAAAGGAACACGCCAAUGGAAUUUUUAUUGAAUUAAUGUUUUUAGUAGAUAUACCACUGAUGAAAACAUGCAUGCAUUUUAUAAUCUUUUUUUUUUUUUCUUCAUUGGGUGUAUACCUAAAAGCACAUUGCAAAAGUUGCAGAUCUUUUGUCUGGAGCCUUUGCAAGCCCUUACCGUUAAACACUGCCCAGAAUUUCUGUUGCUGUCCAAUCACUGACUUCCCAGUGAGAAGUCUUUACAAGGCAGGUGCUCUCAUUGCUGUCGCUUGGGUUGAGCUUCACUGAGCUAACCAAACCAGGAAGUAAUAGGACAUGUCUGAUUGACAGCCAGGGGGGUGUAACCACGUUCAUUUAUAAAAUUGACAAUUUCUAUUGAAAUCUAAGUUUUUUGUAAAAUGGCGGGUGAAAGAGGAUGCACUCUUCACAAAUAAAACAACUCUAAGCUAAACUGUUCUGAGUCCUAGUUCACAGUUGAUUAUAUUAUUUCUGUUGUCCGUUCUAUGUGAUAAAGUCUGUAGAAGGAGUUAAAGAGCUUUGGCACAGAUUGAUCUGUAAUGUCUGCUGACAAAUCAAGAAUAUUUUAGACGUUUCUUAUUGUGUCACUUGUUUUGUACGUUUUUUUGUUUGUUUGGUUUUUCUUAUCCACCCUCCACCACUAAUUGUUAUAGAGCUUUGUCCCACAACAUAAAAAGUUGUGUGGCCGUAAAAAGUCCAUUGGAGGAAGGAGGGAAGUGUGGAUACUGUUAAUGAGAAGCUGCAUCUCGUUUAGGAAUUGAAGCGUGCUCACACACUUUGACAUUUGACAGCCUCCUGCGAGUCUCAGCCAGAAUAGCAGCGUUCGGUCCCUGCUCCUCAGGGGGGUGAUGAUGGCAGUGAAUGACUUGCCUGAAGCACACACAGCCUGGUGGCUGCCACGUAAUGCAUCCUGUCUGCUCUCCCUUUAACAUGGCCCAUUAGCCGUACACAGCCACGUAAGAUCUAAUCCUGUGUGUGCCAGCCUGAGGGCAGGGCACGGCUUCUGGGCGAGUGAGGAGUCUGCUGCGCCAACAAAUAAGGAAGGGUUAAUUAACUGUAAUUAACAGGAAUAAUGUCCUUUAUCCCAGGGGAAGGUUGGAUGUGCAGACAAAUUGACUUUAGUGAUUCAGUUCCCACAGGGACAGAUUGACAUGCUGCAUUAUACAUUGAGACUGAGUAUGACCUGUUUUAUGGUUCGAGAAAACAUCAUAUAAUAAUACAAGGAGCAGACCGGGACAGCUGAUUAAUAAACACUCCAAUCUUUAAAUAAACAAUCUCCCUGUAUUAUAUCAUGAACAAUAUAUAGAUAACAUGGAACAUGAUUAGACGUCUGUAAUUAAAUGGCACACUGUGCUCUUAGUAGUGUGUAUGUUGUAUAUCAAUUAAUUGAAUUUGGAAAUAAAUAUAAUUUUUCUAAAUAUAAAAAAAAAAGGCAAAGUGGUAAUUAUACAGACUUACAGCGAAUAAAUUCCAGUGAGAUAUCAAAUUAGCUGAAUUUACACAGAUAGUUCAGCUGGGUUUCUGGAAGAUGUGUCCAAUCUCGUCCAAUCUCGUACUGUCUGGAAGAUGUGUCCAAUCUCGUCCAGAACCAUCCUUUGUACCACAAAGAACCCCUCCCACUCUCACAUGUGCCCCUUAAUCCCAAACUACUCACAUUGUCGUCAGAUCAUGUACGGACCAGUCCAUCCACCAGGACUAUUAUCAACGACAAAUAAAGACUUCUAAAGGAAAUGUGUGUUGCCUCAGUCCAGGGAUGGCUUGGCUUGGCACUGCAGAACUUUGUAAGUCUGGCUGAGCAUUAUUACUGAGUGUUCUUCACAUCUGCAAUGUCAAGGUUGAUCAUCACUGGAUUAAUGGGACACUCUCUUGUUUUUUAUGGGAAAUUGCAAAUGUAAAAUGUAUUUUUCUUACUCUCCCUUUCCGUUCCUCAUUCAGGUGACAGAGGAGAAGACCUGUCUUCAUUUCUCCAUCCAGAGGCCCAAUCUUCCUUCUUCUGAAUCUCACCCAGAGGAGGGUAUCUACCGACGUCUGGAUGUCACCAGCUGGCUGCAGCACUUCAACGAGGCCGGGCAGGUGGAGGAGGAAUACAAACUUCGCAAGGUAAGGCUGGUCAGUCUGUGGUGUAGGACAUACCUCGUGAGGUGAGUGGGUUUUAGGGUCGUUUUCACUUCACCUUAGUUCCCAAGUGGCUGGUAUUGACCUCCUGGGGUAGUGAGGAGUUUCCAAUAAUAAGUGUUAUCAACCAGCACUACAAGCAUGACUCCUUACUCUGUGUGUGCAAAGUGAUGCCAGGCCCAAAGUCCUGUUUAGGAUUAUCUAGAAUGGGGGUGGGCAAUCUUCGGAUGUUAUGGAAGAUAUCUCCCCUGAUGCUUUGCCAGCAUUAUGACUUUAAGAGCAUCAUGGGAGAUGUAGUCUUUAACAUCUGAAAUGCCAAAGGUUACCUACCACUGUUCUAGAUGGUCCAGCAAACUGCAUUUGUGAAAACACACCCUAAGUGUCUGGACUGAUUCACACCGUAUUUUCUUUAACUGCCGGUGCAGACACGGGAAGAGCUGCUGUUUUAAGUUUUCUGGUUUCUAAUGAUAUAAUAUCAUCACAUGACAUGCUUUUCUCCAAACCACAAUCAAGGUGGUUUGAUGCUCUCGGAGUAUUGCUCGUAGUACCGAUACCCUGAGAUACUUAGCCUCUAUUAACCCUAAAUUAACUGCUACCCUGGUAUACUCCCACAUUGCCAUGCUGGCAGACAAUAUAACACAUUCACAAACACAAAUAUCCAAUAAAGCCGUGUGAUACUCGCAUACACUAACAUAUAAUCGGAUCAUCACUAGUACACUCACAUUCGAAGAUACACAAUGUAGCAAUCUGCCACAGACACACUUGCUACACUGACAUUCAUAUGCACUCUUUUCAUUAUUUCUAAGAUAUUUUCAGUCUUUGUUACUCAGACUUACUAAUGUAUGUGUAGACAGGGCUACUGCUCAAAUUAUACCUUCACAUACCGCCAGCGACACGGAUUACCACAAAUAUGCACACAGUCACUGUGGUACACCACACAUGCGCACACCCCUAUACUUUAUAGGCUUGUUGGGAGAGAUAUUUGCUGGCCAGCACUUGUACACUCAGACUUCUGGUUACACGCACUGGAGUCAUGAUAUGUUAAAAGACCCGCAUGACUCGCGUUUACACCAUAUAAAUAAACAGAAUUUCAAACCAGGAAAAGAUUAAUUUGAAUGCUCACUGUUGCACACACAGAUACUUAAUCCUAUGGAAAAUGAAUUGAUUGCUAGCUCUUCAGAUUAGAUUUAUGAAAUGCUUUGAUGCCUAUAAAGCUUCAGACCCUUAUUUGGGAAGCCAAGGUACUCACAGGACGCAAGGAAACCAUGUUUGUGAAUGAAAUGUGAAAUAGUGGCUCAUCCAGUGCAUCAUGGGAAAUGUAGUCAUCAGGCAUCUGAAAUUGUAAGCCGCUAGUCUGCGUUGCAUCUCCUGCUAUAUGGUCCCUGAGUGAUGUCAUACAACGUGCAGCCAAUAGGAAUCCCCAGAUCACAGACCUAUUCACAGAUAGCCAGAAUUAGCAGAAUAGGGGAACCUGUUCUAAUUUGGUGAUGUCCAACCGCAAUCUGGCACAAUGGAUAGCUAUCCCAGAGGCAGGAUUGAUAAUCAGAUUUGAAAAGAACUACAAUUCUUGCUGUUUUGUUUCUUUUUUUGACUAUUCUUAUCCAUCUAUUACAGGGGUGUCAAAACAGAAGACCCCCUCCUUCUAACUCUCGUAGAAAUAGAACUACUAUGACUCUUGGCCCAUCUUAAUGCUGUCUGAAUGGCAUUGGAUUGAUAGCUGAGUGUCUACUGUAUGGUGGUCCCUGACCUAGUAGGAUUCUUGUCAAUGGGCCUGUUUGUCUAUUCCUUGUAACACUGAUCUGUUUUGUCUCUGUUCAUUUCACAGGCCAUAUUCUUUGGAGGCAUCGAUCCAUCACUGCGAGGUGAGGUGUGGCCCUUCCUCUUGGGGUACUACAAUUGGGAGACCACGUCAGAGGAGAGGGAAUCACUGCGGGUACACCGGAGGGAGGAAUACGCUCAAAUCCAGAAAAAGAGGUGACUAAUAGGAUCUUAGUGUUCCCAAGAUACGUGUCCUCUAUAGAUGGACUAGAAUAAGGGUGGCCAAUCUGUGCUUCCCUUGGAAUUCACUUUGAAUUUCCGACAAGUCUCACUUUAGUUAAUACAUUUUUUUUUGUUGCUGUUAAGGAACAUUGUUUUUCUGCUUGCUUAGGAGUCCAUGUCAGAUAUUUCUCACAACUGGGCCUAGUGUAACUCAGCACUGAUCUAGCAUUGGUGAACAACCUUCAAAUCAUACUCUACAGAUUUGUGUCAUCACACAUAGCAUCAUUUCUUCCCAUUCUCCCCUACCCCCUCGGUACUUAGCACCUUAACAGAACCUUUCUGUCCUUUUCGUUCUGUAAUGGCGUCAUUUUCACAAUCCGGUUAUUCUCUAUAGGAUCUCACUAUGCAUUUUUCUUCACCUCUACAGAGUUUCCAUGAGCCCGGAUUCCCAGAAGAAUUUCUGGAGGAAUGUGCAGUUCACUGUGGAUAAAGAUGUGGUGAGAACAGACCGUAGCAACCAGUUCUUCAGAGGGGAGGACAAUCCCAAUGUAGAAGCCAUGAGGUGAGGCUGCAGUGAAAGGAUAUUUUCUGUUUGUAUGUAGGUGAUCAGGAGAUGAGGAUCCAUUGGGAACUCCAGUUUUUGUUUCUCAGAUCUGUUCUCUCUCAUGUGGUUAAACUGCAAGGUGCAAGAACUUUACUGCUAGGGACUCUAUGAAAUCUUCUGGAAAUCGCGUUUGACCGUUCUCACUGGGUUGUGUCAGAAAGUUAUCGUUGUGUAUCUUGAACUACGUUCAUUCUUGGUGUCUUAUUAAGGGAAUGAAUGUGAUGUCUAGAAUAUAAACAAUUCUAUUGUGGUGCCAACGAGAUGCUUCUGGACAAUUCCUUUCCCUCUGGUUGUCUCAGACACCGUAGCAGUUUCCUGAAAAUUUAUGCUGAAUGUAUUUUAGAAUUUCGGCUAAGUUCUCUAUAAAGGGAGUGUCUGGGAAUAUCCUGUGGUGGAGUCGCCCAGGGUAUUUUCGUGAUGUUCUUAUAAAACAAACAUUUAAUUGCUGACUUAUUAGGAAUGUCCUGCUUAGUUAUCUUUGAGAACCAUCUUCUACACCUUAUUUAUCAUUAAGAAAACAGGUCUGGAAAGGAUAAGAAAAGUGGCAGUUUCUGGUUGAUGGUUACUAAACAGAAAAAGUCCCAGAUACACAUAUCAUUUAUUCCUGUCCUCGUGUUUCAGUAUUUGUUAAUACACCGAUAUUUUAACUUUAGAUUAGCAUUCCUUCACUGAAGGUAUAGCUGUCCUCGUGUAGCGUCCGGUGGUUGGGUUCCUUCGAGGACACAUAAAGCAUUAUUCGCUAAAGCGAGAAUUCAAAGUGAAUUUCAAAUUUAAGGUGAAAACAGCUUAACUGGAAAAAUUAUGUAAGACGGCUGUUUCAUGCGCUCGCCUAAUUUAGCCGUAAAUUCGAAAUUCAAGAGUACUAACUUCAAUGAUUCAAUGAAGGACCCUGAUAGGUGGGAAUUUGGUUUUCAAGAUUAACCCUUCCUGUGAACUGAUAAAUGUGAAAUAAUCUUUACUGAUAACAUUAUAAUAAGAUCAAAAAAACAAGAAAUAUAUAUAUAUAUAUAUAUAGAGCGGUUAUGUAAUAUAAUAUGAUAACGUCAACACAAAUAUCUUGAUGGAAAUAUCUACAUGUUACACGACAUACAAAAGUCAGGAUAUAAAUGGAUGUUAUUGUAAGGGUCACAUUUUUCCAUUUAAAUUCUUAUGUUGAAUUACACUACUAUAUACAUAUAUAUAUAUUGCACUUUUUCUAUUGUUUUCUACAAGCUGAGUUUAUUUUUUUAUUUUUAUGCUCAUAUGAAGUGAACAAGCUUAUAGUUGUGACAUAUAACAGUUGCUACAAACACAAAUCAUUUUGCUUUUUAUAUAUACUACUUACAGGAUAGGGCGUUGGUUAAUUUUUUUACCCUUUGAAUCAAGUACAGCGUACCCGUCUCUCCCUCCCUGUCAUAUACUUUAUAUUUGUAUGUUUGUAUCUGCUAAGGUCUUUGGUAAAUAUCCUUUGAUCUUUAUUCUGAUCAAAGGUAUGUCCUCUCCCCCUCUCUCCACGCGCACACUCCCCCCAACAGAUUUAGCUUGCAGUAGGGGUCAGAUUAAUGAUUUACUUAUACUUAAAGAUUAUGAGAUUAUAAUUUUAAAUUAUUGAUGGGUCGGGGGGAGGGACAUCUGUGUCCUAUUGUUGGACAUGAAAUGAAUAAUGUAACAUGGUGAUUGAGGGCAAUUAGAGUACUGUUCAAUUAACCUUUCCGAUUUCUUUACCUACUUUUAUACCUGUAUUCCUGUGUCAAAGUACGUAAAGGACUUUCUUAACUUCGUAACAGCAGGAUAGGAGGAUUCCCUGCAUCCAUUAUUUGUAAUAAAUACAUGGAAGCCAGUCUGUGAAUUCCACAUAUUUAAUGCCCUUCCUAUGAAACGAUUAAAACUCCAUUCUUUUGCCAAUGUUCCAGUUUCAUUUGUUUAAGUCUCAGAGACUGUCCUUAUAAUUUCCAUAGUGUCUUGCAGGAUUCUAGUCUAAUGAAGUCCAACUGUGAUGGUGUUUCCUAGUGUCUGAAUUAUUCAAUCUCCUUUUUCUUGUUUCUUUUGUAAUUUUUUUUAAAUUCAUCAGUUUUAUGAGGGUUCCACUCUUAGAUAAUCAGUUGUCGGCUCCUUUGGUGAUACCCACCUGAUAAGCGUAUCAAUUAAACAGUUAAUAGCUCCUGACUGAUUCCUCUUCUGCAACUGUCAUUAGUCUAAUACUAUCCUUACCUUUUUGUGUCAUUUUACCCCACUCCCUCUAGCAUGUAAGCUCAUUGAGCAGGGUCCUCAACCCCUCUGUUCCUGUGUGUCCAACUUGUCUGGUUACAACUACAUGUCUGUUCGUCCACCCAUUGUAAAGCACUGCAGAAUUUGAUGGCGCUCUAUAAAUAUCAUAAUAAUAAUAAUAAUAAGUUUCUCUGGUGGAUGAUUGCGUCUUUCUGUUCGACCCCAGGAGAAUCUUACUGAAUUACGCAGUGCACAGCCCAGGAGUCGGGUACUCGCAGGGAAUGUCUGAUCUGGUGGCCCCGCUGUUGGCAGAGAUCCUGGAUGAAUCGGACACAUUUUGGUGUUUUGUCGGCCUGAUGCAGAACACCAUAUUUAACAGCUCGCCUUGUGACGAGGACAUGGAGAAGCAGUUGGUAAGUUGUUUCUUCAUCUUUCAUUUGAUUCUCUCCUUUUUCUGAUCAUUUAAAGAGGAAAAAAAAAAGGGUGUUCGCUUCUCGAUUGUGUUUUUGACAGCAGAAUAGUCUUCCGGUAAUAUAUGCAGAUAACGUGACAUCAUCUCCAAUUAGGUAACUUGCAUACAGAAGACUACGGUCACACUGGAUAACGUACUGCUUUAUUAUUUAUUUAAAGUGUUUUGUAAGUCGAUUCAUUUUAGUGCCCUGUUAUUUCAGAUGUACCUCCGAGAGCUUCUGCGUCUCGUGCACCCACGUUUCCACCAACACCUGCAGGCGUUGGGUGAAGAUGGGCUACAGAUGUUGUUUUGUCACCGCUGGAUCCUGCUUUGCUUUAAAAGAGAAUUUCCGGAUUCGGAAGCACUAAGGAUGUGGGAGGCUUGCUGGGCUCACUACCAGGUACCAAGCUGGGUUCUCCUAUCGCCUAAAAGAAAGCUCAUGUCAAUCAACAGACAUUCAAAAUAUGUUACAUUCACAUUCUGUAUAUUACUCUUGGUCAGAGAAUGUCUCAUAUCCAACAGUAUGUAACAGCUCAUACUGCUUUUUCCUUUCAUCGUGCUGGAGUUUGAAUCUUUAGAAAAAUACAUGCACGUCUUUAAAAUAAAAAAAAUGUAAGUUGUAUUUUCACUUUGAAAUUGAUGAGAUUAGAAAUAGCACUACAGAUGUGAAAUAUCUUGGGUGUGUUGUAGUAAUCUUGUUUUACAUCAGCAAGCAAAAUGUAUUUAUUUCCCACCCUUACUAACAAAUAAUAUUAAUGCGUAUAUUCAUAUAAGAAAUUAUAAAUAUAAAAACAAUUAAAAUAGUUGAAAAUGCCAGAAAAAGCAAUCAAAGAUUUGAUAUUAUCAUAAUUACCUGAAACCAUGUGUUUCACAUAAACAGAAACAUAAUGCCAUUGUAAUAUAGAAUAAAAAUGAUAAAAGUAAGUAAACUUUUCAAAACUAGUUUAUUACAAUAAAAAAUGUAUUUUAAUUUUGUAAUAUUUUGAUACUUUAUUUUCAUACAUUGGCAUCUUUUUUGAUAUUUUAAAAGCACAUUUAAAAAUAUUGGAUCGUGUGAAUAGCUUAUCCAACAAUAUGAAAUUGAGGCCACGGUCGACCGGGUGCGGGAUGGGUUUUAAUCCGCUAUCAUAGCCUAUAUAUUGGUGACGGUUUGAAUUUAGCUUCUUUGGUUCCUGACACCUUUUCUGUCCUCCCUCUAGACGGACUAUUUCCACCUGUUUCUGUGCGUUGCCAUUAUUGUUCUUUACGGAGAUGAUGUCAUCGAACAGCAGUUGCCUAUCGAUCAGAUGUUAUUGCAUUUUAGUAACUUGGCAAUGCACAUGAAUGGCGAGCUGGUGCUAAGAAAGGUAUAUUUCUCUCUUGCUUUUCAUACAUUCAUGGGGUGCCGGCAUUUAUAUGUCUGCUCUAAAUCAUUCAGGUGGCAUAUAUUUUUUACAUUUUGCGUAUAUUAAAAAAAAAAAAAGGUACUAUUAAAAUGUUACUUCUUUAGGAUGACAAAGUUUGCACAUAUCAGAAAGUUAAUGUGCAUACUGUAUGGAGUAUAUUUACUGUACAGCAAAUUUUAGUGAACUGAAUACAGAACUGCAAUAUUUAGGCAAAAAAAGCAAUAUUUCUGUUCAGUUAAUAAACUCCUGUGAGAUGGUGUGAAUACAUUCCGAUAUGAUACAGAACUGAAUUCUAAAUGGUAAAAUGUUUAAUUUUACUAAAUAUCUAAGCGUAUAAGAGAAAGGCAUCGUGCGCUUCACUUUAUGGUCCAGACCCUUUUGUCAUUUGAAAGGAUUAAGGCUGUUUAAACCCACAUUUAUUGAAAGAAAUAUGAGCCAAUCGGUAUUGAAGUGAUUGUUCCACAUUCAUAUAAAAAGAAUGGAAUAUUUUCCCACAUUUAUUUGUGGUCUUUGUCAGUUCCUCUCUCUCUUUGACCAUUGAGGGAUUUAUUUACAAACUAUGUAUCGUGGUCAGAUGGACAAAUAACAAACUGAAUCGCAUACAUUAAAAAUUUGGGGAAUGAGUCCCCUACCCAGGGAGUUUUUUAUUUUUUAGAAAGCACUAUUGCCGUGUAUUUCUGUUGCUGUAAUGGGGGUGGGGUGCCCAGUGCUCAUGCUAUGCCAGGUUUUCUGACUGGCACGGUUGCAGAUUGGAGUGACACGUGUGGGCAGCAAUGCCCUUUUGUGGCCUGGGCAAAUAUAAGAUUUGGCCAUACACUUUUUAUCCUGCUUUAAUAACUCCAAAUAAUGAAAGGUAUGCAAUCAAUCCUAAACUGUGCAACUUUGAAAUAAUCGUUUUUAGUGUCUUCCCACACUUUCUAUCUUGGUUUCAGCCAGUUCUAGUGUUGCUAAUUCUUGUUCUGCUUCAUUACAGGCUCGGAGCUUGCUGUACCAGUUCCGUCUGCUACCCAAAAUACCCUGCAGCCUGCACGAUCUGUGUAAGUUGUGUGGUUCGGGCAUGUGGGACAGCGGCUACAUCCCCCCCGUGGAGUGCACAGGUCAGCAUCCAGAGUCUGAGAGCUGCCUUUACGGAGGAAUCGUGGAGGAACCGUCACCAAAACCCCUAAAGAACAGCAAGAGAGGCCAUAAGCCAUUGGAUGUAUUUAAUUUUAGAAAAUAG